CAAGUAGCCUACACACAUUUGUUCUGACCAAUAUAAGCCAAGAUUCAGACAGUAAAGGAUAUUUAAUGUGCACAGACUCACAGAUCAAAACCGCAAGACGGAAACAUGAAGGUUUUGGCUGUUGUAAGUUUAACUGCAUUUCUCUGCUGCUACGAAGGUGUGCAGAGUGCUAAACUAUCAUAUCGUGACUUGAGAGAACAUAUCCGCUACUCUGGGACUGUAGUCUUUAUAGACUUCCUGGACAAAGUCAGAAACGUUACAGAGAAAAUAGUGAGAGAUGAUCAGUUCAGGAAAUCUAGGAUCACUGUCCAAAGAUUGGUGAAAUCAUUAAGAGAAUUUGCAAAACCAGUGAAAAAUACAGAGAAUGCUAGCGGGAGCCAGAAUAAGUCAGAUUUAUUUAUAAAGACACGUUUUCCGUUCAUGGCUGCUGGUACAUUUGCGUCAUCGUUCAAGGAGAUUUUUGACAAAAUGUUCUUUCCGUAUUUAAACAUCUACCGUCAGAGCUUUAAAAACGAGACGAUGGUGGAGAUCUGGAAAGAAUUGGAGUCAUGCUAUUUUCCAGGAGCCCCUCCAAUCUACAGUAAACCCAUGGAGUUCUUCAGUUACCUUCUGGCCAAGGCGGUGGUGAGAUCCCGGCUGGUGAACAUGCUUGAAGCUGGGGUGGAUAUUGUUUUGGACAUCGGAAAAAUAGAUUUGAACCAAAUUCAUGAGGAAGUGCAGAUUGUUUUGGAUCACAUUAGAAACAAAGCCUUUGAAAUUUCAGUUUUGGAAAGGCAAAAAGAGAAGAAUGAUUUCCUUAUAUCAUUAAGAACCGCAUCUGGACUGAUUGUUUUUUACUGGGAUGAAGUUUUGAAACACACUGAAAGUCCGUCGUUCCAUGCGAAAUACUUGGAUUCUAUGAAGCAGUGGGCAGAGCUGAUUGAGUUGAGAAACGCAAGUGAAAAGUAUCAUGUGCUUUUAGACCCGGAUACAAGACAUGGGUUUUUGAAUUGGACUAAACUUCAUUUGGAUAAAUUCUUUGACGCCUUGCAACUGGAAUAUUACAGUCGUGGAAAUGAAGCUCUUGGUUUGGACAGAUUCAAUCAGUCUAACUGGGCUAUUGGCAAAAGCGCUGUUGUUUACACUCUUCCUGUUUAUGAAAAACUUUCUGAAGUUGGCUUUGGUAUUACUGAGAUCAACAGGUUUCUGAACAGAGUAAAUCACAUAAUUCUUGUUCUUGAAGGGGGUGAUAGAUCACCCACUUACAGACAGACGUAUUUGGAGAGCGGCAUUAGGGUCUUUUUGGAUGUACCUAGAUUCUUAAUUAUGUUGGAGGAAACCAAUUACAAAGAUAAUCCACUAUUACUGCCUUUGUGCGUAAUUAGGAGAGCAUUCCUCGAAGUUUGGCCUUCAUUUCUCUUGAUGAAUAUCAGAAAUGAACGAUGUCCACACAGACGUUAUGAUGAAACUGAACUCCAGCAAUCAGUGAAUGAAUGGAAUCAAGAGAAGAGCGUCAUCAUUAAUGAGCUGUUGAAAAGUAAAGCAUUUACCCGAAAGCAGCUUGAAGAAGCACCAAAGAACUUUGUUCAAGCCAGUCAUCAAAUCGUAAAGAGACUACAGCAGUAUACUUUUCUGGUUGAUGACUUUGAGAAAAUGAUUGAUCCAACUGCUAUAGCCUUCGAGAGGUCAAUGCAUUGCACAAACAUGUGGAUUCAUGAUGUCUGGGAUUUACUAGUGGAGUAAACUCUCCUAAAUGUCAGGAUUGUAUUGGGGCUUGUUUCCACCACUAAAAAAUGAUUAUUAAUUAAAUUGCGAAAGUCGGUAAUUGCGACUUUUAAUUUAAAAUUUUUGACUUUUUUUCCCCAGAAUUGCAAGUCCGAAUUGUGAUGCAUAGCCUAAACUCACAAUUGUGAGUUAUAAAAUCAGAAUUAGCAAGAUAUUAACUAAUAAUUCUAAUAAAUAAAGUCAGAAUUGUGAGAUAUGAACUUUCUAUUGUGAGUUAUAAAGUCCCAAGAAUAAAAGUCAGCUCACUAUUCUGACAUUUUCCUCCAAUUGCAUGUAUAUGUCCCACAAUUCUGAAAAUAUCUUGCAAUUGAAAAAAGAAAAGUCAGAAUUGUGAGAUGAAAUUCCCUUUUUAUUUUUGAUUUCAUUUAAUUGCAGCUGCUGUUAAUAGGAUUAUACCAACAAUGUAUUAUUAACAGUACGUAACUUGCUGUUAUUGAAAUGAAAAAAAAAAAAAAAUAAUACCAUCAUUACAUUAGUAAAUACUGAGUAAAAAAAACACAUCUGAACACAUUAAUCAACCUUUGGAUCUAUAUUUUCAUGUGUUAAUUUGCACUUAAGUGUAACUCUCCCACUUAAUAGUAAGUGUCUUUAACUACUAUGUACUAACAUUUAAAUUAAUACUUUGAUACAGUGCACUUAUCAUACUAGCUGGUCUCCGAUAGACAAGUGCAAAUUAAAUAAAAAAUACUAAUCAAAAGUGUGUCCCUGCAGUAUGAAAUAGUGAUAAUAAAACUAAAAUUGAUUUUAUACUGGCA